CUCCACGGAAGCGGACUCAGAAACGUAAACAUCGCAGUUACAGACAGUCUUGAGUUUUGUUGUCAGAAGGGAUUUGGGCGCAGUUAGUGCGUGUUUUAAAAUAUAACAUGUCCAUUUUCACUCCAACGAACCAGAUCCGGCUCACGAACGUGGCCGUGGUUCGGAUGAAAAAAGGAGGGAAGCGUUUUGAGAUCGCCUGUUACAAAAAUAAAGUCAUGAGUUGGAGAUCAGGAGCAGAGAAAGACCUGGAUGAGGUUCUGCAGACACAUUCUGUUUUUGUCAACGUGUCCAAAGGUCAGACGGCAAAGAAGGAAGAUCUGGUUCAAGCUUUUGGGACGGAUGACCAGACAGAAAUCUGCAGACAGAUUUUGUCCAAAGGAGAACUCCAAGUGUCGGACAAGGAGCGUCAGAGUCAGCUGGAGACCAUGUUCAGAGACAUCGCCACGAUCGUGGCAGAGAAAUGUGUCAACCCCGACACCAAGAGGCCGUACACGGUGAGCCUGAUCGAGCGCGCCAUGAAGGACAUCCACUACUCCGUCAAGACCAACAAGAGCACCAAGCAGCAGGCCCUGGAGGUGAUCCGGCAGCUGAAGGAGACCAUGCAGAUCCAGAGAGCCCACAUGAGGCUGAGGCUGGUGCUGCCGGCCAAAGAGGCCAAGAGGCUGAAGGAGAAGCUGAAGCCGCUGCUGCAGGUGGUGGAGAGCGAAGACUUCGACGAGGAGCUCGAAAUGGUGUGUCUGGUGGACCCGGGCUGCUUCAGGGAGAUCGACGAGUUGAUCCGCUGCGAGACGAAAGGCCGAGGCUCCCUGGAGGUGCUCAGCCUGAAGGACGUGGAGGAGGGAGACGAGAAGCUGUAGACGAGCAGUCAGACAGGAAGUGACGCGUCACCGAGGCCCGCAGCUUCACACGAUCCAAAUUAACGAACGCUUCUGCUCCGGGUUUUUAUUUUGAGCCACUGUCGACUGCAUCUGCGUUAAAGAGUCAGUCUGAGAGGAGAUGAAGUUUUAGAUUUUAAAGCUAAAGUUCAUUAACUCGCUCCGAGCUGAACGCUUUAAUUUACCGUUUCACAUUCUCCAUCUGGAACGACUUUAGCUCUUUAAAUUAAACAAAUCUGUCAUUUCAGAUUAUCGUUAAUCUUUAAUAACUACACAACGCUAAAGAGAUGAACAUUCAAUCUGAGCAGUUCAAACAAGUUAUAAAACGGCUUCUUCUCAGAAUUAAUUCAUUUAUUCAUAAUAUUCUGGUGUUUUAAGCUGAGAAAAAAGUUUAUUUUUGAUCCUUUGACUCGAUGCUAAUAAAUAAAUCUUUGCUGCUUUUGGAGAAAAUGUCUCUGGACGUUUUCAGUUUUUGUUGCUUAAACCCAAAACAUUUAGUUUCAGAAAGUGAAAAAUUUAUUCUGGGUAAAAGAUCAAACUUGGACAAAUAAAGAUAAUAAAUAUGAAUAAAGGUGAAA